AUGUGUAGUCACGCGCAUCAGCUCCGUCACGGUUCCAGCCGAGCAACAAACUACACAUCCCGACAWCCUCUGCGGCACAUCGCCACACUAGUUCCCAGUCCGUAGUUGGGCUCGGGAGUUGAUGAAAACCCGGUUCGGUCCAUGAAUAAUAAUAAUAAAUCUAGAGUUUGAUGUCAUGCUGGAGUCUGCAGCCUGUCCGGGUUUCCGGCUCGGGAAGCCGCGCUACGACCAGGGUUCAUUCCUUGGUCGUCUGAGACAUUUUGUUGACAUUAUUGACCCCAGUACCCUGUUUGUUUCAGAGACCACAAACAUGGCUCUCUUCCACCUGGAGUAUCAGAUGAGCAGUUGUGGGAAGCUCAGAAGAUCAAGCAGGCCAUCAUUCACCCUGACACCGGAGAGAAGAUCUUCAUGCCAUUUCGGAUGUCAGGUUAUGUUCCAUUUGGAACGCCAAUUGUCAUUGGCCUCCUUCUCCCAAAUCAGACUGUGAUGUCAACCAUUAUAUGGCAGUGGUUGAACCAGAGCCACAACGCCUGUGUGAACUACGCCAACCGCAAUGCCACAAAGCCGACACCGACAUCUAAGUUCCUUCAAGGUUACGUGGGAGCUGUGUCAAGUGCUGUAUCUAUUGCAGUGGGACUGAAUGUGCUGAUUGAGAAGGCCCACAGGCUGAGCCCUGCCACCAGGAUGAUCAUUCAGAGAUUUGUUCCCUUCCCAGCUGUAGCGAGCGCAAACAUCUGCAACGUGGGUCUGAUGAGACACAACGAGCUGUCCGAAGGUAUCGAUGUGCUGGACAGCGAUGGCAACGUGGUGGGAUCCUCGAAAAUCGCCGCCAGACACGCAAUAAUGGAGACGGCCUUCACACGUGUGGUCCUUCCAAUGCCCAUCUUUGUCCUGCCCCCCAUCAUCAUGUCCUACGUCGAGAGGCUGCGAUUCCUGCAGAGGAACCGCAGAUUCCUGCUGCCCAUCCACAGCCUCGUUUGCCUGAUUACGUUCGGCCUCUCGCUGCCCGUGGCCAUCAGCCUGUUCCCCCAGAUGUCUCAGAUUGAGGUGUCUMGCCUUGAGCCGGAGAUUGCCAUGGCAACGGACUGCAAAGUGGUGACCUACAACAAGGGUUUAUGAUGGAUGGCGUGAUGCGAGAGAGGAUGGGGUGCACAACCGGAGCCGAGGCUGCGUUCUGAAUAACUGUAAYUGAGAACUUAUUGCAGGCUUUGGGAAGAAUCUGCUGUGUAAUUGUUUACCAUAGAUGUCCAGUUUUUACUAAACUUGUUUUUUUUUUAACUGUUCUCAGGAGCGCAGCAUUUAUCGAUUUGUUGUUUUUGAGAGCUUGAGACUUUYUUUUUUGUUGCUUACUCUUUGUGUAAUGGAACAAUAGCAUUAUUAUAUUUUCUAAUGCACUGUAUCUACAAUAUAUUCCUCACACUUGCUUUGUAUUCGGUGUGCUUUAGCUUCGAAAACAUUUCAAACCUCUGUUGUGUGAAAAAGCUGUGCUGCAUAAUCUGCUGCUAAUGUUUUCGAAGCUAAAGAGUCAUAUUUUUAACUACUCAAGGUUGGUGGUAAUGCGCUGUGAACACGCCACAGUGAUGAGGCAAACCUGUUAAAGAGGACUUUUAUUUUUCAUCUCUAACGGAUGUGGAGCGAUGCUCGUUUUUAUUUAGUGUUGUUUCGCCUUCUGGAAGAAACCAGAAAUCUGUUUCUUAUUUUCAUUAUGACCGCAGACAGGCUCCCUCACACUCAGCGUUGUGUGUUUGUGUGCAGUUGAAUUUAUUCAAGCUGCCUGGGAAAAUAAAUAGAAAAAUCUGGGAGCAGAAAAGCAAACAAAAGUUUUAGAAGAGAGGAGCUGCAGAAUGAAGAGAGAUUGCUUUACAACAGACAGCUAUUUUUCAAGGUUACCUCGAACUGAUCAGUUUCUGAGAUGGAGGUGAGGAAAGGAAUAGAGGAUGAACAAACCUAAUGAGAAAAAAAAGAGAGCAAACUGAAAAUCCAGAAAUUAAACAAACUAGUUACUAAUAUAGCUUAUGAUGUGAUGCAAACAUGAGUUUAUUCACAGGUUAAUGCUUUUAUUGAUUMAUCUAUACCACAAAUAAUUAUAUUUUAAAUUAGUGUUUUUUAAUAAGUUUACCUAAUUUAUUAUUGGAGUCUUUUGUCCGAUAUUACAUGCCAUAAAACCAGUUUUUAGUUUUGAUUUACAUUUACAAAACUGUAACCUUUCUGUCAAUAGUGCCAAAAGCUGCAGAUAUGGAUACACUGUGUGUUUAAUCAUUUGUAAUGUGACAGCUGAUCUCACAACUGUUCCCUGAUAAUAUUCAGAAUUAUGACUUUGUAUUAACUUUACAUCUUGAUGUCAUUUUCCCAAUGCUGACUGUUCUACAAUCAGAACUUACUUCUUUUGUACAAUAAUUAAACCACAACUGAUAUAUGUGAUUGUUAAAAAUGAUUUAUAUAGCAAGCUCAUGAAUUGUUUCCAAGAAAAACAGUAAACAACUUAUGUAUUUAAUAUUUACAAUAGCCAAUAAAUUCUCUUUCACUGUAAAAA